AUGAUGAGAUCACAGCGCAUCAUACGAAAUAUCUGUUCCGCCGUUAUACCCAGCUUACGACGAAGGGUUAUUGAACAUGCGCCUGCUGCUUCAAUCGCUGCAUCGCUAUCACAGCCAGUACGGUACGCUACAAGCUCGUCCUCGAAACGAUGGCUGGAGCGACAGAGAAACGAUUAUGCAGCCAAACAGGCAGAGCUUAAGGGUCUAAGAAGUAGGGCUGGAAUUAAGCUAGAGGAGAUCAACAUGAAGCAUAACAUAUUUCAGAGCGGACAGACAGUGGUUGAUUUAGGAUAUGCUCCGGGUUCUUGGACACAGGUCGCGGUGGAAAAGACUGCCCCGUAUGGCCGCGUUCUCGGCGUCGAUAUCAUUCCCGCCCUGCCUCCCAAGGGCGCCUCAACUAUGCAGGGUAAUUUCACCGAUCUGCGGGUUCAGGCAGAGAUGAAGAGGUUUCUUGCCAAUCCUCGACGCGGGCGACUAUUGAGACCACAAGUUACCACCGAAGAAGAAGGCGCGGUGAAGGGCGAGGUGGAGGUAGCAAGCCAAACAUAUAUUGAGCAGGAACGGGCAAUGAUGAAAGAUGAAGAGGAAUGGGCGGCAAAAGCUGGAGACACAGAAGGCGGGGAGAACUCGGUAGACGUGGUGUUGAGUGAUAUGUUAAUGGCAACAUCUGGACACACUUUGAGGGAUCAAGUGGGAAGUAUUAAACUCUGCAAUUCGGCGCUUGCCUUCAGCAUUGAUGUCCUUAAGCCAGGAGGGUCUUUUGUAUGCAAGUUUUACAUGGGCGGGGAUUCUAAACUUUUGAUGGAAAAGUUUAAACAAGUAUAUAACAAGGUUUCUAUAACCAAACCAAAGUCUUCGAGAUCGGGUUCAAAGGAAGUUUAUUUGGUUGCGCUGGAGAAGAAGGAGAAGGUGAACAAGAAAAAGGUAAUGUUGAUGGAACCUACAGAUUAA